UUUCAUGUAAGCCAGUACGGAUAAUGGACUUGGAUCCCUAUCGCAGAGUCUUACGAAAAGGGCUGGACACAUUUCGCGUUUCCCUGGUAUCCAGGAGAUCCAGGGUGGGAUGAGAGAGCUGCCUCGCAGGAUAUCGUCAUAGGCUACGCGCGGAUUCUACACCAUGGGAAAGGACGAUACGGAAAGGCGACGGAGGGCGCCUCAGAGCACAGCUUCCGAACAAAGGGACUCUGGAGGCGUCGUGCCGGCCUCUAACAGUCUACAAGGAAGCAAGCCAACCGUCCGGGGCCGAGAGCUGGUUUUCAACGCAAAAACGAUGAACCGUUUUUUGACAUGCCCGCUCUGCAAAGGAUACCUAAUUGAUGCAACGUCAAUCGAUCCAUGCUUACAUACAUUCUGUAAAUCAUGCAUCUACAAGGAUUGGGAGCGCAUGGGCCUCCAGAAAGCCUGUCCCGUGUGUGGGGAGGUCCUAGGGCCAAAUCCAGCCCAUUCUUUAAAAGCCGAUCACACAAUGCAAAAUCUCGCAUACAUUCUGGUGCCCAACCUGGAGAAGUUAGAACAAGCCGCCGCCGCACAGCAGUCUAUAAAUGGAGUUUCGAACGAGACGGUUGAUCUGCCUGCGAACGGUGACGCGAAUAUGGAGGAACUUAUGUCAGAUGGUUUAUGAGCGGCUUAUGGAGGUCGCUUGUUUUUGAUCGAUGAUCAUGCGAGGCGUGCGUGACUGCCUGAAACGCUUUUGAAGGCAGCUGCCAUUUGUCGCCCUUUCAUCGAGCAAUUUGUACAUAUUCUGGUAUUGUAGCGAUGGUGUUGUUAUAGCAGGCGUGUUUUUUUCCAUAUCAAACG